GUUGGGGAAUGUUAAAGAUGGCGCUGGGCGGUCAGAGGAAUGUUGCCGCAGCAACAAGCUGAAGGGAUUUAAUUAAUCUUCCAGCCGGCACCGAGUUCCUGUUCCCUCCACGGACUGAAUACUUCAGGUUCUGAAGCCAACAUGAGCCCGGCAGACCCGGUCAGAGCCCGUAACCGUGUGGUGUCCCUCCCGUUAAGAUGGUAGCCGGAUCCUCGGAGAACAACAGAAGCUGCUGCGGAGUUCGGCCCACCGAGCCGGAGGAUCUUACGGCCGGAGCCGAGGCGUCUGUGGCGGACUGAGCGGGUCAUGGAGACGCAGAAGGACAACGGAGGCUCGGUUUCUGUGGAUGUGAACGAAAACGAAGAUGAACCGGUGGGUGUGGAGGAGAAACCGGGUCCCCGGACCCUGAAGGAGCGCAGCCUGCUGGCCGGGUCAGCGGGUCAGGGCGGCGGCUGGACCCGGGAUCCGGUUGAUUUCAACGGGAGGAACGCAGCCAGACACCCGGAGAUCAUGCUGGUCGCUGCGGAGGACGGGUACCGGUCCGGCCCGGUGGUGCUGGGCGGUGUGAACGGGUUCUCCCUGGAAGCGAGAGGUCCAGCUGCGCUCCAGGAGGAUGGAGACGCUUCUCCCCUGGACCAGCGCUCCUGUCCGGAGAGGCCGAACCGGACCCCCGCGGGGGUCAACCUGUCCAACGGGGUGGCCGGCAGAGCGGAGGCGGCGGUCCGGGGUCUGGGUCAGAAUCCGGGUCAGAACCCGGGUCAGAACCUGGGUCAGUGUGAUCUGAGCCGGGAGGAGCUGAAAGUAGCUAACGGUGGUUUGCACAUGAUUGGUCCCCGUUCUGAGUGGCCCGGUUCCGAUUACUUCCCUGUAAACAGACACUCUGACCCGGGCUGUUGGCAGCGCCGCGACCCCAGAUCCCCACCAUCCACCCCGGAACCGAGCCCCGGCCCCGCGUCGCCCUGCCCGUCCAGCCCGCCGUCCGAGCCCAACACCCGGCAGGAGGACGAGGAGCCGCUCGGUGACCCGGAUGUUCCCGCCAGGCCGCGGAGUCUGCGGACCAACCCCGCAGCCAGCGUGUCCCGCAGCUGUGACGCCACCCCGCUGACCCCUGAUGAGGGGGGGUUCAACUUUGACCCCGAGGCGGGCCGGAGGCAGAGCGCUCCGGACAAGCUGAGUGAGGAGACCGGAGGUUCGGAGCUCAAAGUGAUGCCCAAAAGGUUCGGCAUCGCGGACUUCUUCACCAGGAGCCUGUUUUCUAGAAAACCCAAAGAGUCCAAGGCAGCGUCCCACAAUGCAACAGGAUGGCGACUGUUCAGCAAGUCAGAGACCAGAGAGGAGGAGCAGAGCGGCGAGGCGGCCAUGACGCCGCCGCAGCAGGAGGACGAGGACUCGCCGUGUCCACAGCGCCCCUCGGCUGCAGGGAGGAGAAAGAACCUGGAGUUUGAGCCUCUGUCCACCACCGCUCUGAUUCUGGAGGACCGGCCGUCGAACCUGCCGGCCAAGUCCCUGGAGGAGACGCAGAGACACAAGCUGGAAUACGAGGAGAUGGUGGCCGGAGCCAAGAGGAGAGAGAUGAAGGACGCCCAGAAGAAGAAGCGCCAGAUGAAGGAGCGAUACCGGCAGGAGGACAGCAUCUCCAGCGCCAUGGUGGUCUGGAACAACGAGAUCCUGCCGCACUGGGAUGCCAUGAAGGGGACGAGGCGGGUCCGGGACCUCUGGUGGCAGGGCCUUCCUCCUGGAGUCCGAGGACGAGUCUGGGGCCUGGCCAUCGGCAACGAGCUCAACAUCACGGCAGAACUGUAUGAGAUCUUCCUGUCCAGAGCCAAGGAGAAGUGGAGGAGCUACAGCGAGACGAGCUCGGUCAACGACAACGAGAGCGACGGAGGAGCAUCUCUGGCGGACCGGGAGUCCAGUCUGGACCUCAUCAAGCUGGACAUCUCCAGAACCUUCCCGUCUCUCUUCAUCUUCCAGAAGGGCGGGCCGUACCACGACCUGCUGCACAGCGUGCUGGGAGCCUACACCUGCUACCGACCCGACAUCGGCUACGUCCAGGGCAUGUCGUUCAUCGCCGCCGUGUUGAUCCUGAACCUGGAGGAAGCCGAGGCCUUCAUCACCUUCGCCAACCUGCUCAACAAGCCGUGUCAGAUGGCGUUCUUCAGGGUGGACCACGAGCUGAUGCUGAAGUAUUUCACCGCCUUUGAGAUUUUCUUUGAGGAGAAUCUUCCUCGACUCUUCAGCCACUUCCAGACCAACAGCCUGACCCCUGACCUUUACCUGAUCGACUGGAUCUUCACGCUGUACAGUAAGUCUCUCCCGCUGGACGUGGCGUGCCGGGUCUGGGACGUGUUCUGCCGGGACGGCGAGGAGAGCCUGUUCCGGACCGGCCUGGGGAUCCUGCGCCUCUUCCAGGACGUCCUGCUGCAGAUGGACUUCAUCCACAUCGCCCAGUUCCUCACGCGCCUCCCCGACGACCUGCAGCCGCACACGCUGUUCGCCGCCAUGGCCAACACGCACAUGGUCAGCCGGAACCGCCGCUGGGCCCAGGUGUUCUCCGCCGUGAUGAAGGACGGGAACGUCAGAGAGGCGGAGAAGUCCAGCAGCCCGGCUCUCAGGAGCUAACGCUGACCUGCUGCUCCCUCCGCUG